GGGAAGCAGCAGCAGCACUCAAGAGGAUCACAGCAGUACUGAGUUUGGGAAAUCUGUCUGAAUCCCUCCGGGAAUCAAAGGACUCAAGAUGUUCAGAAGAUCAAAAGUGACGGAGGGGACAGCCAGUGGCCAAGUGGGGAUCAAGAAGAAAUCUAGAGUCCCCGGGGUGAUGAUAACACAGUUUAUCGAGACGCUGCCGGAGGAAAAGACCCAUCCAGACUUCACCCGCAAGCCGAUUGCUUUGACCAUCCAAGAGGGCAAAUUUGCUUAUUUUAAAGCGAUCGUCACUGGAGACCCACAGCCGACUGUAACAUGGAGCAGAAAUAAUGGAGAUGUGUCUGAUACGUUAAGAUAUCAAACUAAAUACGACCCCACUUCUAACGAGCACACGUUUGAGAUGCCAAACGUUAUGCCGGAUCAGGCCGAUACCUACAAAUGCUUUGCCUUAAAUGAAUAUGGACAAGCCAUAGUCACAGUUGUUCUGAACGUGAUUGCAGUUGGUUUCAAAAAAGACAAAGUCCAGCCACCACCAUCUGAAGCCACCAAUGGGAAUUUUAAGAACGUUUUAAAACGGAAAAGUAAGAUCCGUCCGAAAUCUGAGCAACAAGAGAGAAAAGAUGGAGAAAUGGAUCCUAGAUUUUGGGAGCUCUUACUGAGCGCUGACAAGAAAGACUACGAGGGAAUCUGUGCAGAGUUUGGAGUGACAAACUUUCGUUGGAUGCUAAAGCAACUUAAUGAAAAAAAGAAAGAAAGGGAGGAAGACCAAGCCCAGUUCGUCAACCACCUGUCUAACCUGAAACCGAUGCAGGUCAAUUCAGAUUGUAGUGCAUCCUUUGAGAUCGACAUGGAUCUUCUUGAACAAAGCAACUCCAUAUACGUGUACAAGGAUGGUGAAAUGAUUCCAUAUACAAAGGAGUUGGGAGAGAAGAUGAAGCACACCCUUAACAAAGUGGGGAGAAAGUAUAUUUUCAGUAUGAGGGACCUUAUGCCAGACGAUGCCGGACUGUACCAGUUGGAUGUAGAAGGCGUGACGAUGUUUUCCACUGAGUUUAAAAUCCCCUCGGUGGAUUUCUUGGUGAAAAUUCAGGAAGUGAAGGCAAUAGAGAGAGAAGAUGCAGUUUUCGAGUGCGUCCUGUCAAAUCCCUUCUCCAAGAUUUUGUGGUUUGGCAAGAAUUUGCCGCUGGAACAAGGAGAUAAAUAUGAUAUCGUGGUUUCAGAAGACAAGCUCAUUCACAAGCUGGUGAUCAAAGACUGCAUGAUAGUAGACAAAGGAAUUUAUUCCGUCUGCGCAGGAAUAAAAUCUUGCAAUGCAUGGCUUGUGGUUGAAGCUGAUAAAGAUGCACAAAAGGGCAAAAAAGCAGCAAGGAAAACAACACGGGCAGGGGGAAGUGGGGUGGAUCUGCAGAAGGUUGCCGAAGAGCAGCAAACUAAAUUAACACAGGAGAGAGAGGAAAGGAAAGAGCAGAUUAAAGCUGCCGCAGCUGCACCUGCACCUGAACCCCCGGCUGAACCUAAGGCACCGAAGGACCCUGAGCCCGUAAUCGUAAACAAACCUGCAGCAGUGGCAGAUCCACCCGUUGUGGAGGAAGUGCACGUUGUGCCUGAAAUUACCUGUGGACUCUCUGAUGUUUAUGCUUUUCGUGGAAAGCCGGCUGACUUAACUGUGAAGAUGAACAUCGACUGCGACGGCACCUGGUUCAAAGAUGGAGAUCAGAUGAACUCAGGUGCUGGGGUCACCAUAACCAAAGAUGUAACCUCUCACAAGCUGACAAUUCGAAGCUGCACAGAUGACGACUCUCGAGUGUAUCGUUUUGUAUCAGGGGAUAUCAGUACACAAGGAAAAGUCACUGUUGGAGACCUACCUGAAUUUGACCCAGACGACCUUCACAAAUUCUCCAAACCUGUGAUCGUUAGAGUGGGCCAGAACGCUGCUUUCAAGAUGCCCUUUCCUCCUCAGGAGUCUUUGGUCGUUAGUUGGUUCAAGGAUGGCACUGAGAUCAAUGACGGAGGAGGAGUUAAGAUUGUGAGGGAGCCCAAUCACAGCCGGCUGCUGCUCAGAGAUUGCCUGCGGACAGACGCAGGGGAAAUAAAGAUCCAGCUCAAAAACCCAUUUGGAGCUGUGGAGGCCACAUCACAGCUUAUUGUGCUUGAUCGACCGGGUCCACCGGAGGGCCCAGUGGAGACCUUGGAAACCACUUCAUCUAUAAUUGAGAUAAAAUGGAACCCCCCCAAAGACGACGGCGGCUCCGCUGUCACCAACUACAUUAUAGAACGGCAGCAGGCAGGACAAAGUCUGUGGACGAAACUUGGGGACGUGUCAGCUGACAAGACCUCCUUCAGAGACAGGAAUGUGACUCAUGGAAAGAAAUACAACUAUCGCAUCUACGCCGAAAACCCAGAGGGCCUCAGCGACGCCCUGGAGACGACUGAUAGCAUUAUGGCUGGCAUAUUGAUACUCUCCGGUCCACCUGGUGCCCCCACCGUGGUGAGUGCCUCUAAGACCUGCAUCAAGUUGACAUGGACCCCUCCGGAGGACGACAGAGGAGUACCGAUCAUCGGUUACCAACUGGAGAAACGAAAGAAGGACACAAAUCAGUGGAUUGUCCUGAAUGCCAUUAAUGAACCUAUUGAAGACGUGAGCUAUGCAGUGAAAGAAGUUACUGAGGGAGCGGAGUACGAGUUCAGGGUUUCAGCGAUCAAUGAGUCAGGAUCAGGAGACCUAAGCCCUCCCUCUGCAAUGGUGUGUGCAAAGAAUCCCAACAUGAGACCUUGUUUUAAAGACCCAGAGGACUUCAUUGUUGUCAGAGCAGGAAAUUCUGUACGUGUCAAAGUUUUCUAUGAGGCUGAACCUCCACCUCAGAUCACUUGGUUUAAGGAUGAUGAACCAAUAUCCCCGUGGAUUAACGUCAUCAACACAGAGGGGAUGUCUCAGCUUGUUAUUCCCUCAUCAAAGCGCUCGGAUUCCGGUUUAUACACUAUCAAAGCCAAAAACUCCGUGGGUGAGGCUUCAUUCGACAUUGAGGUUAGAGUCACAGAUGAACCCAAGACUCCCGGGCCAGUGGUGCUGGAGUCAACAGUCGACGGCAAAGUGAUGAUAUCAUGGGCUCCUUCUCCAGACCAGGAGCUCGACGACCGCAUGUACUACGUGGUGUCUCAACGUGACUCCAACACCAGAGUGUGGAAGAAUAUAGCAGAUCGCAUCUUCACUACCACGUACACAGCCAACAAAAUCAAUCCUGGGACAGAGUACCAUUUCCGGAUCUACGCCAAGAAUGAUAUGGGCCUCUCAGAUCCAUCUCAGUCGCCUACAUGGGGCGCCAACAGCAACAGAGUUCCCAAACCUUCAUAUGGAGGCAUUUCAUCAGAGGUCAGCUUUGAGAGGCCUCCAUCCAUCUUGGUCCCUCUCAAAGUCCACUCACCACCCAAAGGUUACCAACUCUACAUGACGUGUGCUGUCCGAGGAUGCCCUACGCCCAGUGUAUCCUGGUACCUGAACGACGUCUGCAUCAACUCAGACAACAACUACUACAUCACCAACUCCUUUGGUGUGUGCUCGAUGUACAUUCUUAGAGUCCGAACAAUAGACAGCGGUGAAUAUAAAGUUGUCGCGACCAACUCGUUCGGCCAGGCCGAGUGUUCCACGAAACUUAAAGUUAGAGAUUAAAGCGGCAUGAAGGCUUUCCUCUUCCUGAGAUGUUCUGGACGAUGAAGAAUGUUUUACUGCAUAGAAAGUGUGUGAUGUUGUUUAGUGCUGGUAAAAGCAUCUAAAAUGGUCUAAUGGACAAACUUAUUUAUUUGAAAAGCAACUGAUUUACAAUUGUUACCCUGUCAUAUGGUCUAUAUACAGCGCUAACCUUUUUAGUUUAUUUAAAACACGAGUUACCCUGUGUUCAGAAAGAGUAACUAUAUAACACGAUUGCCGUGACAAACUUCAAUGAAAAAGACAUCCGUCAAACUUUCUCUUGUAGCAACUGCAAUAAAUCAA